GGUAGGCCAAGGAGGCAAAUAUUUUAAGAACCCACUUGUUAAAAGAUUUCAAACAUUGAAAGAACAGUGUGUCAUCUUUAAUGUUUUGAAUAAAGAAACGUAUUAAUGAGAAUGGUGGAGACAUGCCCCCGGCAAAGCCCUGCUCAGACUCCAACUUUGAGUCCUCAUCCGGCCGGCAUUUCCCAGAGAGAUGGCCAUGGACACAGCAGCACUGUCCAAGAGCGUCCAAGAAAUGUCCAUGUAUGGCACUGAACCACCUCCGCAAUACUUGGUCAAAGAAAGCUCCUUUGGAUCCAUAGGCUCCUCUGUUCCACUGGGUUCCAUACCCAUCAUUAAUGUCACUCUUCUUGCACCCUCCUCUUCGUCCACCCUGUCCAAGGAAGAAGAAGAAGAGCUUGAUAAACUAAGGUCAGCUCUCAGCUCGUGGGGAUCCUUUCAGGCAAUAGAACAUGGGAUUUCAAAUUCGUUUCUUGACAAGGUACGUGGGCUUGCAAAACAUUUCUUGGCACUUCCAGUGGAAGAGAAGCAGAAGUGUUCCCGUCGUGGUGGUGGUGCCGAAGGGUAUGGAAAUGACAGAAUAGUUUCAGAAAAGCAAGUUCUUGACUGGUGCGAUCGCCUGAGUCUUAGGGUAUUCCCAGAAAACCAAAGAAGGCUUGAAUUUUGGCCAGAUAAUCCAAAUGAUUUCAGGGAGGUUUUAAAUGAAUAUGCUAUAAAGACAAAGUCUAUAAUGGAUCUUCUCUUUAAGGCCAUGGCAAGGUCAUUGAAGUUGGAAGAGAGCAGCUUCUUGGAUCAGUUUGGAGACCAACCACUAAUGCUAGGAAGGUUUAAUUUUUACCCAAGUUGUGUGAGACCUGAUUUGGUUCUUGGUAUCAAACCUCAUUCAGAUAGAUCAGGCAUUACCAUUCUCUUGCAAGACAAAGAAGUGGAAGGUCUUCAAUUUUUCAAAGAUGACAGAUGGUUCAGGGUUCCCAUAAUCCCGUAUGCCAUUCUUGUCAACCUUGGUGAUCAAAUGCAGAUAAUGAGUAAUGGAAUAUUCAAAAGCCCACUGCACAGGGUGGUGACAAACUCGGAACAUGAGAGGAUAUCAGUUGCGAUGUUUAACGAGCCAGAUCCAGAAAAAGAGAUAGGACCAGCAAAUGGCUUGGUAGAUGAGAAAAGGCCAAGAUUGUAUAGAAAUGUGAAGAACUAUGCUGCUAUCAACUAUGAAUGCUUCCAGAAAGGGAAAAUAGCACUUGACACAGUGAAAGUUUAGAGUCCCUUGAGAGAAAACAAAGUCAAUCGCCCUGUCUUUAACAAGCCUAAUGCUUAUUUAAUCAGGUGGCAGAUAUAUGGUAUGUAUCAUUCAGGAAAUGCAUUGGAUUUGUGUAUCAGUAUCAGCUUGGGACGCUGAAUAAUUUUGCCAAUGUUUGGUAACAAUAACCUAUCGGGCACGUCUGCUAAUCCUUCUUGCUAAAAUCAAUUAAUAUAUCACCGUAUUGGGCAAGACAAAUGCACUUUGAUUGUAUAUUUGAAAUGAAGUUAUAUACAUUGAAAUGCACAUUGUUAUGGUUGUCGUCAUAAA